AUGCGAACAGUGUGCAUUAUGCUACUGAUUGUACAAUAUUCGUCUGCACAAUUUGGUGGUGGUGGAUUUGGCGGCUUGGGUGGUGGCUUGGGCUCUUGUUGUUGUUGCUGCUGUCCAUGCCCCUGUCCUCCAUUACCUCCACCAGUCUAUUAUGUCAAUCCAUGUCCCCCACCAACUACGGGUAGCCCCAUAGGUGUGCCUGACGUUAUCGUUGGACCAUGCGGUGAGUAUUUUCAAAUUCUUCGGAAUGAUGAUGAUGAUUUGACAGAAAAAAUAGUACUGCUUAGCUUUGAAUCUGAAUUGUCUGAGUUGUUCGGAGGCCGACAAACUGACCAUCAAAGUACUAGUCUGAACCAUUGUAAGAAGGAUUCAAAAGAAUUAAAGUCUUUAAUAAUAACAUUAAAGAGACCCUUAACUCUCCGCGUUAUUUACUCAUACGCGAAAAAGUGAAC